AGUCAUAGUCUCAGUUUAAAAGAAAAUUGUUUUUAUUGAUCGAAUGUCCUCGGUGAUGCGCCGAGCAUUGAAAAGGGGUCUGAAACGAUACGAUUUACAAGUGCAUCGAGGGGGGAAGGGAAAAAAAAGAGCCAUGCAACACCAGCGCGCGUGCGCUCAGUCCGCCAUUUUAAUUGCGCUGGAAACGCGUGCGAUGAUCGCCCGUUUCACACGGCGGGGCCAAGUACAUACGUUUCGAACGAAUACGCCCGUUCUACGUCUGCCAGCGCGAACUCGCUAUGUGACAGGGGCAUAAUCGUGUCAUCAUCCGGGGCAGGCUCCCCGCGUGAUCCUACGAUAGUUCGCCGAUCCCCGCGCACACACGCACAGAUGUACGGAUAAUAAUCUCAUUGCAACACCGCAUGUGCGCCAAUGUCAGGAUUAUCGUCUCGCGUCGAUUCGUGUCCGUCGUGCCGAGCGUCGCGGUUUUUUCGUCGUUGUUGCCGCGUAGCCUCGCCGUUGCGGUCGCGAUUUCGUCGACGAAAGGUUCGAGCCCCGUGCCGUCGGUCGCGUCGCCGUUUCAAAGAAACUGGUUCCGCUGACGCGUCUCGAUAUCUCGCGCGACGUCGAGUGCGGCACCCCGAGGCGAGGGAUAGGAGGGUUGCGACUACAUCCCUGGCGCGCCGCGUUGCAUCGGCCAGGCAGGCCAGGUGCAACUUUAACGUUUCUCGGCGCCCAAGCGAGGUUUGCGGUCUUUCUCACGUCGCGCGGCGACGUGGGGAAUUCUCUUUCUCUCGGUGAUCUGGUUUUCUUUAACAAUACGCUCCACGCGCAGAGAAGGAGGGGGAGGGGGAAGAAGCGAUGCAUCUACGCAGCGUUCAGAACGCAAAAUCGAGUUUUCGAUCGCGCGGGACUUCCCCUCCCUCCUCCGUUAUUUCGUCAGCGGAGAGCGAUUCGUCCGUCGUGAUUCGCGUGACACGAGUACUCGGAGUAUCUUGAGCGGUGAGCUGCGCGUAAACCGCGUUCUGCGUGCUCCUCGUCAUUUCACACGCACGGGAUCGAUUCGAAUCGACGGCCAGGGCGGAGGAGAGGAUCGCGCGCGACACAAAUUUGGCAGCGGGAAGCGUUCGCGCCCUCGACGGGAAUCCGUCCGGCCCUGGUCGGCCGCGAGGCUGCGCGCGACCCUAGAGCCCUAGCGCGAUCCAAGGCUAGAAGACCUAGCGAAACCUCGUCAACGACGAGAAAAGAGAGAGAGAGAGAGAGAAAGAAAGAGAGCGAGCGGAAGAACGGCCCAGCCGUGGGAAAGAGAGAGCGCUAGAACGAGCGAAGGAACGUCGGUCGGGGAGCGCGCCUGCUUCGCGGGUCUGCUUGGGGGACAGGAGGAGAGUUCAGGAGAGCCCGCGCCGCACACGGCUGGCUGGCGAGAGAGUCAGUCGACUAUUAGUGGUCUGUGACACUGGAGGUGGCCGACCACCGGCAGAACCGAGCGCCGCAGCUCCACGCAGCUCGGUCGCGCUCGGUCGGCAGUCGGCCGCAGCACCGCCGUAUUCCUCGUUCGCUCGCUCGCUCGCUUGCUCGCUGGCUUGCUGGCUUGCUCGCUCGCUCACUCGCUCGUCCGCCCGUUCUCUCCGCUCGCUCUCGCGUUGCGCGCCGCCUCUCAGUAAGUCGUACACCGCGCAACGGGAGCGACGGUCGUCGUCGUCGUCAUCAUCAUCAUUACGCACACGUCUCCGUGUUCGUAAAAUUCUCCUUUUCUCUCCCUCUUCAUUAAAGACGACGUAACAGUGUCCACGCUACCACCGCUGCGCUAUGUGACGGAUAUCACGGGGCACCGUAGCGUGUACCCCGCCUCGUACACCACGUUCCCGGAGUCUACCCCACCGGCGUACCCCCGAGACCUACCCCACCUCCCUCCUCCAGCUCCUCUCCCGUCGCCCCCUCUCGUCCCUGCCCUUCCCCCCCAAGCCGAUCCCUCGUCCACCGCCCCGUUGUGGAAAAAGAGAAAGACGGACUGCCUCGUGAACGCUCGCACGACAACGACGGUGACGACGGCGACGAGAACGACGACGACGACGACGACGACAACGACGACGAGGUGGCCACCACGAGGGCCUCGUGGAAAAGCGUGCCUGGAGAAAACAUGGAGUGCCCGCACCUCGCGCAGAGCGUGCAGUUUGGCGGUGAUGACAACGUAGAUGGAUCGGGCUGUGCUGUGAAGGAUUUGCCUUCGUUCGUCUGCGCAGUGUGCGGCACCGAGAAGAGUCCCUGGCUCUGUCUACACUGUGGAUCCGUGCAUUGCGGACGCUACGUGGCUGGCCAUGCGUUGCAGCACUACGAGACUAAUACUCAGCACUGCGUGUGCAUAGACUGUGAGAGCCUGGCAGUAUUCUGUUACACUUGCGACGAAUACGUGGUGAAUGACACCACGAGCGGGCAAAUCGAGAAGAUACGACGGGCCACCUUUCGUAAGGACGAGCACAAGGAGAACGAUGAAAGCUGGAGCACGUCGCCACCCACGACGCCGCCGUCCUCAAGGACGCGUGACGGUGGUGGCGACGAUCACGACAACGACGAUCCGGACGCCCUGUGGAAAGCAGAGGUGGUCGUGAGGAAUUUACGGCCGAGGACGGCGCGCAAGAGGCUACACUCGCUGGACGCCAGCAGCGCGGACAAUCGGCCGGCCAAGCGUCGCAGCUCCAAAAGUACCAAAGAGAAAAAAGUGGUCGGCCUGAGGAACCUCGGUAACACCUGUUUCAUGAACGUGGUGUUGCAGUCCUUCAACAAUAUCAGCCACUUCUGCGAGUACCUCACCCAGAUGCCGUGUCUCGAAGGCAUCGCUUUUGACGAGUCCACGGGGCCGCCUACGCACCGUGGUCGCAUCGUGACGCCGGGUCGCGCGAAGGAGAUGUCCAUGAGUGACGCUCUACUCGCCGAGGAACUACGAAAGGUGUUGCUCGGUCUGAGCUUGGGCGGCUCCAAUGGCCAGGCGAUAUCGCCGGAGUGCCUGUUCCUGGCCAUCUGGAAGGUCGUGCCGAGAUUUCGGGGCUACCAGCAACAGGACGCCCACGAAUUUCUCACCUACAUGCUCGACCGACUGCACACCGAGCUGCUGCAGCUGUUGCCCAGGCUGGGACACGAGCCCUUAGGAUUGCGCGGCAAGCAGAGUAUCGUCACUGCCGUGUUUGGAGGCACUCUUCUUAGCGUGGUCCACUGUAUGAACUGUCGUACGGACUCGAAGACGCACGAGCCCUUCCAGGAUCUCUCGUUGGACAUACCGGACAGACUGCAGAGAACUAGGACGAAGGAGCAAGAGGAGGUGUGCAGUUUGAUUUAUAGUCUAACGAGAUUCUUCAAGGUCGAAGAGCUGGCAGACAGCGAGCUCUACUUCUGCGACAACUGCAUGGGCAAGCAGAGGUCCACCAAGAGGUUCUGGAUACACAGGCUGCCUAACGUGUUGUGCCUUCACAUUAAAAGAUUUAGGUGGUGCAAUUCCUAUCGCUCGAAGGUGGACACGCAGGUAGAUUUCCCGAUGGAGUCUCUCGACAUGUCCGCGUUUACUGUACGCGGCGUGACUGGGACGAGAUUGGGCGCUCAGAAUAGUCAUCUUUACGACUUGGCUGCCGUUAUCGUGCACCACGGUUCUGGUGCCGGUACUGGACAUUACACUGCCUUCGCCGUGCAUGACGGCCAGUGGUUCCAUUUUAACGACAGCUCGGUUCGGCCAGCAACUACCGAUGCUGUUGCUAAAUGUAAGCCUUACAUUCUGUUCUACGUGCGGAGAGAAUUCUCCAUUCCACCCCCCUUGUGACGUCGUUUCCCCGAUAAGAAGCCCCGUCCCGGCAGCACCAGCCUAGAUGACGACGAAGAGAACGACGAUCAGGACGACGUGGAGCGAAUGAAAGAGAACUGAGCGAACGUUUCUUGCGAAUCUCGAAGCGAGCAAGCGAACAGCCAAACGAAACGGAAGAAGCAAGAGAUGGCCGAUCGUGCCUCGAGCGCUUCGAGAUCGGAAGACGAAGAUUCGUCCGCUUAUCGCAUAUAUUAUAUCCAUGAUUGCUCAUUGUUGCCAAAUCGUACAAUCUCAUUAGAAGCGUAAUUUGUCUGCGUUCGCUAUCGCGUUUCGACAAACCGCUAUGACCUUUGAGACGCAAUUGGGAUAAUCACAUACAUAAUUCCGCCGUCACGUUAAUCGCUCGAACGCGUCCCUCCUCGCGUUUUAUCAGAUGAUUAAAAUCACGCGGCUCUUAAAUUAGCUCGAUAUCCGUCGACGGUGCAGCGUUUGAUUGCGCUAAUGCAUGUAUCGUAUCUUAUCGCAGAUUGUUCUCACGAUCUUUCUCACCACGUCUUGUCCUGUCGUUAAGGGUACCGCAGUACCUCCAUCAUAAAAGCAAAAGAUUUUCUGUUCAAAUUGCUUUUAUUUUGUUUCGGAUCAUUGUUUCCAGAAUUGUUUUAUAUUAUUAUUUUAGUAUUAGGGAAUGUCUUUUUUUUUUGUUUCUGCCUAUAUUUUCUGUAUAUUGCUGAGAUAGUCUACUGAUAUAUUGAAUCCAGAAUUAGAUCAUGAAUUCUUUUUUAUUUCUUUGGAUUUUUGUUCAAUUUUGUUGAAUUUUUCUUGCUUUAACGUUAUGUUUGAUCUUGUAGAAUAUCUAGAUAAAAGAAAAGAUAUGUCGUUACCAUUUCUAUCGAAGUGUGUCUCGCUCUGCGGAUUUUAAUUGCUCGAAGACAUAGAGUUGGAGUUUGCGAGGCGAACGGGUACUAAUUCAAAGAUGCGGUGAUACGAGGUGCGGGAGAGCGAGAGCGCGCGUGCGUGCGAGAGAGAGAGAGAGAGAGAGAGAGAGAGCAUUGCGAUAUAUGAUUGACAUCAAGCACGCAUGCGUAUCGUGCCAAUGUAACACGCAUGCGAUCGCAUGGAGGUACGCGAUUGUAUGCGAGGCAUGUGCCGGCGGACGGAGCUUCUCUUCCUUUUUCGGUGACAACGGCAAGAAAGAGAGAGAAAGCUAGAUAGAUGGAGAAAGGGAGAUAGAUGAGCGCGCUCGAGGUAGAUCACGGAAACGCAUUGCCUUUAGCGUCGAUUUUCUUUACGCUCUUACGCGGCGGCCGUCGACCGCCCUCCCCUCACCUUGUAUUCCUCUCCGCCCUCUCCCUCCCCCUUUUCCUCUCAUGAUCGAAUCGAUUAAAGCCCUCCUCGAUAGCGGAAUAACGUGUAAUUGUCGCGUUCCUCGUGUGUAGUCCUAAAAAAGGAAAAGGGUUAAAGAAAAAAAAAACGCGAAAACGACUGGUCUUCUCGUUAGAUAGAUCUUUUUCUAGGCUUAGGCGCACGCGGCUCACGUCGUCUCGACGGAAGCCAGAAAGCAAAUACCGUAUAGGGCGAACAACGUUACUUCUCAAGCGACAGCCUUAUCCUCCCCUACUCCCUCCCAUCCCCGCAACUUGUAUCUUUUUUCCUCCGUCCCUUCAUCGUGCAUGCGUCCAUGUAUACUUUUACGCGCACACAUACACGACAUAUGUUAUACACUUUAUACACGUACGCGUAUACACACGCAUGCACGUGCAUGAAUGUAUGCAUACACACGUACCCUGAUAUCACCCUUCUCUCCCUUCUCCUUCACCCUCGCGCCUCUUCCUGGUCCUUACACGAAAGGCUCUCGGCGACUCUUAUGUGAUUAUUUAAAGACUUAUUUUUUCUAUAAUGAUAACGAUAAUAAUGAUAAUAAGUUAAUGCGUAGCGAAAAAACGUUUUAUUAAGGCGAUAAACUGCGAUAAUUGCGCAUCUACGGCAAAGACUCUUACUCGUGUAUAAACAUGACGUACGGAAGUAACAGUGUAACAACACAUACACAUACACGUACACAUACACACACAAUCACACAUAACAAUUAUUAUUGAGAACAAGUGAAAUAUGUACGAACGGCGAAUAAAUAAAGAACAUGAAUCGACGAUGGGCUUCGAUUACGUGCCACCGAAGCUGCAUCUCCGGUUUUGUCAAUCCUCGUGAUCAUCCUAA